CUUCUUCUCUUCUUCUCUUCUUCUCUUCUUCUGCAAAUUUCCGAAAGGCAGCAACUGAAUGAAGCAAAAAACCUGGCUGGCUGGCUCCUCUCCGAUUCAACCUCAGUCUUCCCUCUGACGAGAACAAAAACCGGACAAGCACAACACACGCGGACCGAGUGGUCCUUUUCGCACGACAAUAAGCAUUACUUUGAAACAAUUCGGAAUCUAUGAUGAAGAAAGACAACAGCGGAGGUAGCAAAAACCAAAAACCCAGAAUUUCUGGAGCAAACCCACUUCAAAUUAAUGAAGACGAUGCUUCACGACUGGUCGGGGGCAUAGUCGAAAAGGGCUUUUCCGAUAUCCAUUCAUCUCGGUCUUUGGGCCCGCCGACAGCCCCUCGGCCCUCUGUUCUGCCUUUUCCGGUGGCACGCCACCGCUCUCACGGCCCAAAUUGGGCUCCUAAAGCUGGAAACUUUAAUGCUAUUAAUGAUAGUGAUGACAUGGAUGAGGAUGUUGGAGAAGAGGGAGACUCUGAUGUGAUGGUAAUGGCUGCUGGUUUUGCUAAACCAGUAGAAAGAAAGGAAAAGAAAGGACUGAAUUUUAGCCGUUGGCAAGAGAUAGUGAAAAACGAGGGGAACUCUGUGCUGAACGAUAAGAAGAAGGAAAAAGAAUUUUAUUCAGAUAAUUUAAAAAGGAAAUUCACCAGUCCAGGAGAUUCUGAGUUGCAUAGGACUUCACACUUUGAUCAUGUAAAUGAACCGUGUAUGACUCUGGGGGAUGACAAGGUUUUAUCCGGGAGAGAAGUAGAAACGGGAACUGAAGUUGUGUCGGAGGUUCAUAGCCUCAUAGACAGCAACAAUGGAAAUAUUGCCCAACUGCAAGAAUCACAGAAUGACAUUGCUAAAUACAAGCGGGAGAGGCCAAGUGAGGAAAUCCUAGCCGAUUUGGAAAUGCAAAAUUCUCUGAUGGAUUCUGGUUUUUCUCAUCAGACGUUGAUGGGUGGAGAAAAGGAGAAUCUCGAGAGCCAGAUUGAUGCUGAAAACCGUACUCGACUGGCAAAAAUGUCCGCCAAAGAAAUUGCUGAAGCACAAGCUGAAUUAGUGGCAAAGCUGGAUCCAGCAUUGAUAAAUGCCCUGAGAAAAAGGGGCCUAUCAAAAGUCAAGGGGCAGAAGUUUUCUUCAUCGGACAUUGCUGGCAAUGAAGCAGAUAGUAUGAAACACGAGACAUAUUUCUCGGAGUUAACAGCUAGCUCUGGUGACACUAUCUCCCAAAAGCCUGUGGAGUUAUCUCCUGGAGACUCACUGCUAGAUAAAGAUGGUAGAGCUUCUCCAAAUAAAACCCCUGAAAACCGUAGCAUGUGGAAUGCUUGGAGCAAAAGAGUUGAGCAUGUUAGAGACUUGAGAUUUUCCUUGGAUGGUAACAUUAUCGAUGUUGAUUUGGCUCAUGUACCAGAUGCUGGCAAGGCUUCGUCUGAAAGUGUAUACAGUGCUGAUAAUGUUUCUGAACGUGACUUUAUUCGAACCGAAGGUGAUCCUGGUGCUGCUGGUUAUACCAUAAAAGAAGCAGUGGCCCUAACUAGAAGUGUGGUUCCGGGACAGCGCACUCUCGCUUUGCAGCUAAUUGCAGCCGUCCUUGAUCGAGCAAUUGGUGGAAUAUGUCAGAAAGAAGUUGAUUCUUCCUCUAAAUCAGUUGAUGCUAAAUGUGCUGACUGGGAAGCAAUUUGGGCUUUUGCUCUCGGUCCAGAACCUGAGCUUGCUUUAGCACUAAGAAUGUCCCUAGAUGAUAAUCACAACUCAGUGGUCCUUUCUUGUGCCAAAGCUAUAAUGUGUGCAUUAAGCUGUGAUGUGAACGAAAUCAUAUUUGAGAUGUUAGAGAAGACACCAACUUAUGCAAAGGAUGUUUAUACAGCUCCUGUUUUUAGAAGCAAACCAGAUGUUAGUGUCGGUUUUCUUCGUGGUGGCUUCUGGAAGUAUAAUACCAAACCUUCUAAUAUUCGUUGUUUUGGUGAGGAGUUGGAAAGUGAAAAAGCUGAAGACGAACGCACUAUUCAGGAUGAUAUAAUUGUUGCUGGGCAGGAUUUUGCUGCCGGUCUUGUUAGGAUGGGGAUUCUUCCAAGAAUCUGUUAUCUCUUGGAGACUGAUCCUGCUGCACCUUUGGAAGAAUGCUUGAUAACUAUAUUGAUUGCCAUAGCAAGGCAUUCCCCUACAUGUGCUGCUGCAAUUUUGGACUGUGAAAGGCUUGUUCAGACGAUUGUCAAUAGAUUCACGUCUAACGAGCAAAUGGAAAUAAAUUUUAGCAAGAUUAAAUCUGUUGCGCUCUUAAAAGUGAGCAGUGCCUUUAUGGUGUUGGCCCGGGUUGAGAAGAAGAACUGCUCGACAUUCAUGAAUGAAGGGAUUCUGCAAAAGGUGACCUGGCACUUGUACCGGCGCACAUUUUCUCUUGAGCAAUGGAUGAAAUCUGGGAAGGAGGCUUGCAAAUUAUCAUCAGCUUUGCUGGUCGAGCAGCUACGUCUCUGGAAGGUCUUUCUUCGUUACGGAUAUUGCAUUUCUGAAAUUUCUGAUCUAUUCCCUUCACUAUGCGUAUGGUUGAGUGUGCCCACAUUCGAGAAGUUAAUUGACAAUGAUAUGAUGGAUGAAUACUGUGCCAUCGCAAAUGAAGCUUACCUCCUCCUGGACGUUUUAGCUGGUAAAGUUCCGAAUUUUUAUUCACGCAUGCAAGAUGAAGAAUCUGGUUCGUGGAAUUUCCUUGGUUCGAUUAUUGAUCAAUCUCUCGAGUGGGUACAAGUGAAAAGCAUUCCAUGUGUGUCGAAAUCGAAACUCUCCGCAUGCCAAAUUAAAGAUGGUGGAAAGAAUUACUUCUCACAGGAGUCGAAAGUAAAUUCGUUGUUACGGGUCAUUUCAUCUGUUUUGAAUACGCUGUCCAGUUUGCUGAAAGCUGUGAUCCCAGAGGAUAUUACGAGCAUGCCAAAUGGCCGUUUGCCUUGGCUGCCGGAAUUUGUCCCGAGUAUUGGACUUAGAAUUAUUAAAAAUGGAUACUUUGGGUUUUCAGGAAAAAGUAAUGACUCCUUCGUCAAGUACUUAUGUCUUUUGAGGACCAAAAACAGACCUGAACUGGCAAUAUCUUCUACAUGUUGCCUUCAGGCACUGCUCCAAGUAGCUACUUCCGUUGAUGAAUUAAUCAGACAUGCAAAUCUCGACGUUCACAAUGUGCCAUCUAAAUUCGCGAGUCUCUCACGGGAAGAUAAAAUUCUUGCUGAUGGGAUACUCAAGUCCGGGGUUGACGAAGUACAAUUUCUGCUGAGUAAUUUAACAAAAUUAAUCGCCAAUGAGUGGCAAAAAAUGAGUCCGGUUGAAAAUUUCGGCAGAGGUGGGCCCGCCCCAGGCGUUGGGGUGGGGUGGGGUGCCUCUGCCGGUGGCUAUUGGUCAUUGAAUAAUUUCUUGGCUCAGCUAGAUGCAAAGCUGCUCGUUUGCAUGCUCGAAUUUUCUGAAAUACCCUUUAACACCGAGGUCUCAUCAGAUGCCACGCAAGUUCUCAACUGUGCCCUUACGGCCUGUUUAUUUGUGGGCCCGGGGAAUAAUCGUCCCGUUAUAGAUAAAUUACUGAAAUUUAUAUUCCGGGCUCCCGUUCUCAAGUAUCUAAACUUGAGCAUCCGAAAGUUCCUUUCUUCCAGAAAAGGAUCCCAAUCUUACAGAUUGAACUACGAAGAAGGAGAAUACGCAUCAUUUGCAGAUAUCUUGGCUGUUCAUUUUAGGAACAGGUGGCUAGGUAUUAAAAAGAAGAAAACGGGAAAAUCCACGGGUGAAAAAAACCCCGUUAUGAAGAAAAAAAAUCCUUCUUUGGAGACUAUUUAUGAAGAUACAGAAGAGACUAGGCAAGAGUUAUCAUCUUCUAUGAGUGUGGAGUGGGCUCGCCAGAGAUUGCCCCUCCCUGCACAUUGGUAUCUCAGUGCAAUCUCGUCCAUUCAGACAGAGAAAAGUCUAGAUUUUCUAGAAGCUUCCAGGGCGGGAUUAUUUUUACUCUUGGGUAUUGAAACUCUAUCUUGCUCGGCUGUUACGUGUGUCCCUGUUGUCUGGAAGCUGCACGCCAUGUCAGCGGUUUUACUUUCGGGGAUGGAAAUUCUCAGGGAUGAGAAGAGCAGGGAAGUGUACGGGAUUUUGCAGGAUGUUUAUGGUGAAGUUGUGAAUGAGAAAAAGUUCACGUUGCAAUUCGGGAAAGAAAUCCACGAGAGUUAUGCCACGUUUAUCGAGACUUUGGUGGAGCAGUUUGCAGCCGAGUCUUAUGGUGACUUGUUAUUCGGGCGGCAGGUUGCGUUGUAUUUACACAGGUCCACCGAAGCUUCCACGAGGCUUGCCGCGUGGAAUGCAUUGUCUAAUGCCCGUGUGCUUGAGCUUUUGCCACCUGUGGACAAGUGUUUCACUAAAGCUGAGGGCUUUCUUGAACCCGUCGAGGUACCAAGUAUAAAUUCGAUAAAAUAAAAGGGUCAUUACAGAAACUACUCCUUGAACCCAUCUAUCUUUAUUACAAAUAAUCGCAUGAGCCAAAAAUAGCUUCCCAUAAGGGUGUGGUUUUGUUAGACACAAAUCAAAUGUCUCGGGAUCGUGUCUAAGUUUUUAAAAUUAUUUGGCGCUUUUUCGUAAUUAGGCGAAGCCUUCAUAGGUAACUUUUGUGACUAAUUCCAAUGAGAAAAAAUGAAUCUGAAAAUAGAACUUACCAAAACAAGAAUUAGGUAAAAAAUAAAUAAAUAAAUAAAGAAUAAUGAUAGUUGCAUGAAUUAAAUAAAUAUUCACGAGCUUGAUGAUGGUGCAGGACAACGAGAGGAUCUUGGAAGCUUAUGUUAAAUCAUGGGUGUCUGGUUCGAUCGACAAAGCAGCUAAUCGAAACUCUGUCACAUUUCUACUUGCUCUGCACCAUACCUCUUCCUUCAUAUUCGGGGAUGUUUUUGGUGAUAUUCUCACGCUUCGUAAUAAGCUUGUAAAGUCUCUAGUGCGGGACUUCUCCCGCAAGCAUCAACAUGAGGGAAUGAUGGUGAAACUAAUAUGCUAUAUGAGACCAAACACGACAAGUUCAUCCAUGCAGCUGCUUGAGAUAGAAAGAAGGCUGCAGCUAUUGAGAGGGAUUUGUGAUGGACUUGUGAAGGAAGUCGAAAAGCUCGAGUCCUGCAUUAAAAGAGAGUUUGACAUGAAAACAUUGGUGUGAACUUAUACAUGAAGUUUACUUUUGCUUCUGCAACUCCUGUUCCUGUGGAUACUGUGGUUUUAGAUGUUCUUGGGUGGUGAGUAGCUGUUAGUUGAUUACAUAAUCCUCGAAAUUAUGUUGGUGAAGGCAAUGUUUUCUUGUUGUUUGGCCUAGCAAAAAUGCACAUUCAUGCAUAUAUUGUCAUCACUAUUAAUGCAUUUGUGCUAUUAAAAGUUGCCGGAUGAAGGGCCAAAAGCCACGCGGUGCUUACAGUUACAAGAUUGAACCUAGCAAAUUUAAAAUUUUUUCCGGUGAGUCGAGGUCAAAAUUAUACCCUUUUGUAUACAUAAGGAAUGAAGUAGAAAUCAACCAUAUUUAG